CCGGAGAGAGCAGGCGCCCGGCGCGGGCUGGGGAGGGACCGAGCGACCCACCGAGCCGGCCCCGCCUCCGCCCUCCCGGCCCGGUCCCUGCCCCGGCCGAGCGCCGCGCCCAGCAGCCCCGUGCGUCCCGGAGCGCUUGGGCGCUGCGCCCCCGUCCGCCGGGUCCCUGCGCCCCCGAGAGCGCACCAGCGUCGGGCGCCCCUCGGACCCGGAUCUCCCCGGUCCCCGCAUCCCCGGAUCCCGCCCCAGGACCGCGCCGCCUCCCCCGGGCACCAUCGGCGCCUUCCAUCGCUCCAGCCGGCCCCGAGCCCAGCUUUCAGGGCUGGUUGGCGGGUGCCGCGGUGUUGAGCGACUGCCCUGCGCACAGAUCUAGCCCCAGGCUGGGAGGGAGAACAGGCCGGCACCACCCACCACACGCCUGCCACAAGAUGCUGCUCCUGCUGCUGAGCGUGGUGCUAAUUCCAGCUCCUGGCUCUGGGGCGCUGGGACUCAACAGCACGACAGGCUGUGAGAUCAUCCACCCGCCGCGGGACGGGGGGAUCCGGUACCGGGGCCUCACCCCGGACCAGGUGCAGACAGUGCACUUCCUGCCCUUCGACUAUGAGAUCGAGUAUGUGUGCCGGCCCGACCGCGAGAUCGUGGGGCCCAAGGUGCGCAAGUGUCUGCCCAACGGGACCUGGACUGAGAUGGGCCAUGCCAGCCGCUGCCUGCGGACUUGUCCCAAGAUACACCUGAGCUUGGAGAAUGGGCAGGCGGUGCCGCGCGGCAUGGAGCGGGUGCCCGUUGAGGGCACCUGGGUGGAAUAUCACUGCAACCCCGGCUUCCGCCUGGUGGGUAGCGCCCGCAGCAAUUGUACCAAGGUGGGGCGCUGGAGCUUCCCCAAACCUAUCUGCGAACAUGAGUUUGGUGGAUCAUUGUAAGUAGCUUCAUCCACAAAGAUGACAUCAGAAUGCAUUCAAAUUUGGACAUGUGCUUCUGAAUAGACUGAAGUUCAGUUCGAGCCUGUGCAGUGAGAUUGAGAGAUUCAAGCUCAUUUAAAGCCUUUCUCACUGAAUUCAAAAUCUGCGCAACCGGUUGAACACCAUCAAUCCAUGCAGACCAUCUAGUUUUGGACAUCCCAUGCACUGAAACAGGAAGAUAUUGCUUCAGCAUUUCCCACCUUUGUGGACUGCUACUGAAGAGAUUGUACAUUUGCUGAACAGUUCCAAAGUAAGUCAUUGCCUCCUUGUAUGAUUCAGCACAGUCAACACUUACAAGGUUUAGCGUGUGGUUUCCACAGCUGGAAAAAAUACAGUCUGAAUUAUGCUCAAGCAGAACUACUUGUACACCUUUGUACUUCCCAGCCAUAUUAGAUCCAUUGUCAUAGGCUUCACCAAUGCAGACUUGAAAAUCUAACUUAAAACCUUCUAGAAUUGCUAGUACUCAAGCAGCAAUUUCUUUUUCAGUUUUUCUCAUGAAAUUAUCAAACAAAAUAAACCUUUCUUCAAUUGAAAAUUUUCAGCUGCCUACAAUCUUAACAUACCGAAUAACUAUAGUAGUCUGUUCCUUGUGAGAACAAUCUGGAGUGACAUCAACAAUGAUUGAAAAUACUUGGCAUUUUGAAUCUCAUCAAGAAUUGUUGUUUGUACAAAUGACCCACAUAGCUCAAUAAACGUAUUUUGUAUGUGUGUGGAGAGAUAAUGGACUUGCACGCGCUUUUCACUCUCUUGCAAUUCUCAAACACGUUUAACAUCAUUAAUGA